UGUAAAAGAAAUCUAUAAUAGUCGUUAUUUUCUGAAACCAUGCACGAGGAUUUCACAGUUGCCAUGCGUCUUUUAUGUGCAUGCUUAUAACAUCCGCAUCCAUUUUGGGUUUCAUGAAUGUGCCCCGAUCUUACAAUCAAACAUCUUCUAAAUGCAAGCUCGUUCCAAAAGGAUGACCAUUCACUGCACACGGGUUUUAUUUGUCAUAUUAUGUGAUUUAUCUUUGUUUCCUGUUUGAGAGAUGGGCUUCAGACCUCCUCUUCCUCUGUCCUCUUGCUAACUGGCUAUGCCAACAAAAACAGCACCUAAGAAGGCAAAGGGCUUCAGGACUAGACAUUUUGUUGUGGAAAUUUGGCUCAGGGUUUUCAGCUAGACCAGGCAUCUAUUCCUCAGCCCCUGGGAACAUGGCCAAAGAUGCUGGUCUGAUUGAGGCCAAUGGGGAGCUGAAGGUCUUCAUUGAUCAGAACAUGAGCCCUGCCAAAGGUGUGCUGUCUUUGGUAGCGGUGCAUCCACAGUCAGUGGUGGUUGGAAAACAGCUGUUGCCAAAAACCUUGGGCCCUUCCAACGUGAACAUUGCGCCACACAUGGUCAUCAGCACACCUCAGAGGCCCAGUGGCUCCAAUGUAAUCCUAAUGAACAGCCCACACACACCCAGCUCUCAGUUUAUCACCCAGAGUCAACCAUCGGAAGCGUCUCCGUGGUCCUCGGGAAAGCGGGGUAAGAAGGGGGAGAAGAAUGGCAAAGGCCUCAGACAUUUCUCAAUGAAGGUUUGCGAAAAGGUCCAGCGGAAGGGUGUCACAACCUACAACGAGGUCGCUGAUGAGCUUGUGGCUGAGUUCAGCUCUGGUGAUAAUCAUAUCUCCCCUAAUGAUGCGCAUGUGUAUGACCAGAAGAACAUUCGGCGGCGUGUGUACGAUGCACUCAAUGUGCUGAUGGCCAUGAACAUCAUCUCGAAAGAGAAAAAAGAGAUCAAAUGGAUUGGCCUGCCCACAAACUCAGCUCAGGAGUGCCAGAACCUGGAGGUGGAGAGGCAAAGACGUUUGGAGAGAAUCAAACAAAAACAGUCGCAACUUCAAGAACUCAUCUUACAGCAAAUUGCCUUCAAGAACCUUGUUCAGCGGAACCGCCAGAGGGAACAACAGACAAAAAGACCCCCACCUGCCAACUCGGUCAUUCACUUGCCAUUUAUCAUCGUAAACACCAGCAAGAAAACCGUCAUUGACUGCAGCAUCUCCAACGACAAGUUUGAGUACCUCUUCAACUUCGAUAGCAUGUUCGAGAUUCAUGAUGACAUUGAGGUGUUGAAGCGCAUGGGCAUGGCUUGUGGUCUCGAGGUGGGCAAGUGCUCUGCUGAGGACCUGAAGACAGCCAGAAGCUUGGUGCCCAAAGCACUGGAGCCCUAUGUCACAGAAAUGGCGCAGGGGCCUAUCAGUAAUGUCUACAUGACGGGGGCUUCGUCUGCUAACGGAGGCCGCUAUCAUGUUGGGAGUGACGGUGGGGCAGACGGCACGAUGGCCUCCAGUUCAAACGGCUCUCGGGUGGAGACCCCCGUCUCUUACAUGGGCGAGGACGAUGACGACGAUGAUGAAUUUGACGAAAACGAUGACGAGGACUAA